CACUCCAGAGUUCGUGGCAAACGGUUGUUGUUCGUUGUUGUGUUCACUCGGUUGUCGUCUGUCUAUCUCUAACGUUUGACUUGGAGUGCAGAUUUAGCAAAAAAUAAAUUAAUAAAAUUAAUAUAAAAAGGCAAUUCUUAAAGAAAAUUGCCAAUAGAACAAAUAAAAAUUAGUGCUUAUAAAUAACUUUUUUAGUGAAAAAAGUGAAAGAAAUUUUAAUUUUAGAAAAAUGUCUAAACCCCAAUCAGAUGCUGAUAAGCGCAAGCAAAUCUCGGUACGCGGUAUUGCAGAGGUGGGCAAUGUCACUGAAGUGAAAAAGAAUUUCAAUCGUCAUUUGCAUUACACUUUGGUUAAGGAUCGUAAUGUGGCCACUCUACGCGACUAUUACUUUGCCUUGGCCAAUACCGUUAAGGAUAACAUGGUUGGACGUUGGAUUCGUACACAACAACACUACUAUGAAAAGGAUCCUAAGCGUGUCUAUUAUCUUUCUUUGGAGUAUUAUAUGGGCCGCUCGCUGCAAAACACCAUGAUCAACUUGGGUGUCCAAAGCGAAUGCGAAGAAGCCAUGUAUCAGUUGGGUCUCGAUAUUGAGUGCUUGGAGGAAAUGGAAGAAGAUGCUGGUUUGGGUAACGGUGGCUUGGGUCGUUUGGCUGCCUGUUUCCUUGAUUCCAUGGCCACCUUGGGUUUGGCUGCUUACGGUUAUGGUAUUCGUUAUGAAUACGGUAUUUUCGCCCAAAAGAUCAGGAACGGCGAGCAAGCUGAGGAGCCCGAUGAUUGGUUGCGUUUUGGUAACCCCUGGGAAAAGGCCAGACCUGAAUUCAUGUUGCCCGUGAAUUUCUAUGGCCGUGUUAUUGAUACACCCGAAGGCAAGAAGUGGGUAGACACACAGAUUGUUUACGCCAUGCCCUAUGAUAACCCCAUUCCCGGCUAUGGCAACAACUAUGUCAACACCUUGAGAUUGUGGUCGGCUAAGUCACCAGUUGAUUUCAAUUUGAAAUUCUUCAACGAUGGUGAUUAUAUCCAAGCCGUUUUGGAUCGUAAUUUGGCUGAGAAUAUUUCUCGUGUCUUGUAUCCCAACGAUAACUUCUUCGAGGGCAAGGAAUUGCGUUUGAAACAAGAAUACUUCAUGUGUGCCGCCACAUUGCAAGAUAUCAUCAGACGUUAUAAGGCUUCCAAGUUCGGUUCUCGCGAAGCUGUUCGCACCAACUUCGACCACUUCCCCGAGAAGGUGGCCAUUCAAUUGAAUGAUACCCAUCCUUCAUUGGCCAUUCCUGAACUUAUGCGCAUCUUGAUCGACGAAGAACAUUUGACCUGGGAAAAGGCAUGGGAUAUCACCGUACGCACCUGUGCCUACACCAACCAUACCGUCCUUCCCGAAGCUUUGGAACGCUGGCCCGUUUCCAUGCUUGAGUCCAUUUUGCCUCGUCACUUGCAAAUUAUCUAUCACAUUAACUUCUUGCACAUGGAGAACGUCAAGAAACACUACCCCGAUGAUAUGGAGCGUAUGCGCCGUAUGUCUUGCGUAGAAGAGGAUGGUGAGAAACGCAUCAACAUGGCUCAUUUGUCCAUUGUUGGUUCUCAUGCCGUCAACGGUGUAGCCGCUAUUCACUCUCAAAUCUUGAAGGAUGAUCUUUUCCAUUUGUUCUACGAGAUGGAACCUCACAAGUUCCAAAACAAGACCAAUGGUAUUACUCCUCGUCGUUGGUUGUUGCUCUGCAACCCCGGCUUGUCUGAUUUGAUCUGUGAAAAGAUCGGCAACGAGUGGCCCGUACAUUUGGAUCAAUUGGUUGCAUUGAAGAAGUGGGCUAAGGAUCCCAACUUCCAACGCAAUGUUGCCCGCGUCAAGCAAGAGAACAAAUUGAAGUUGGCUCAAAUUUUGGAGAAGGAUUAUGGUGUCAAGGUCAAUCCUGCCUCUAUGUUCGAUAUUCAAGUCAAGCGUAUCCACGAGUACAAACGUCAAUUGUUGAACUGCUUGCACAUCAUCACUUUGUACAAUCGCAUCAAGAAGGAUCCCACCGCUCAAUUUACUCCACGUACCAUUAUGAUCGGUGGCAAGGCUGCCCCUGGUUACUAUGUCGCCAAACAAAUCAUUAAAUUGAUUUGCGCCGUCGGCAAUGUAGUCAACAACGAUCCUAUUGUUGGUGAUAAACUCAAGGUCAUCUUCCUUGAAAACUACCGCGUCACCUUGGCCGAGAAGAUUAUGCCCGCUGCUGAUUUGUCCGAACAAAUCUCCACCGCUGGUACAGAAGCUUCCGGUACUGGCAACAUGAAAUUCCAGUUGAACGGUGCCUUGACUAUUGGUACUUUGGAUGGUGCUAAUGUUGAGAUGGCCGAAGAGAUGGGUAAUGAGAAUAUCUUCAUUUUUGGUAUGACCGUCACUGAGGUAGAAGCUCUUAAGAAGAAGGGUUACAAUGCUUACGAUUACUACAACAGCAAUCCUGAGAUUAAGCAAUGUGUUGAUCAAAUCGCUGGAGGUUUCUUCAGUCCCGGCAAUCCCAAUGAAUUCAAGAAUAUUGCUGACAUUCUAUUGAAAUACGAUCACUACUACUUGUUGGCCGAUUAUGGUGCUUACAUUAAGGCUCAAGAUCAAGUCUCUAAAACUUACCAGAACCAAGCUAAAUGGUUGGAAAUGUCCAUUAACAACAUCGCUUCCAGCGGUAAAUUCUCUUCAGAUCGUACCAUUGCUGAAUACGCUCGUGAAAUCUGGGGUGUUGAGCCAACUUGGCAAAAAUUGCCCGCUCCUGAAGACGCUCCUGCCCAUUAAACAGCAUAAUAUCCGUAUUUAUUGGGAAACUAUACAACUAUUUUUUUAAUAUAAACAUUUACUUUUAAGUUUUAUUAUUUUAUUUUUUUGUUUUCAUAUUAUAAAAAAUAAAAAGAAAAUCGAAAUCUCUCUAUAAUUGUAAGAGAAAUACAACGUAAAAACAUCUAAUAAAA